AUGAAACGUUCAUAUUCAUUUCUUAAUUCCAAUUCAAAAAAACGAUCAAAAACUAUAGAUGAUUCAACUAAAAAAUCUUCAUUGACAUUAAAUUCUUUACAAUUUUUUCUUGUCGAAUCUAAAAAUCUUUUUAUUGAUUAUCUUCAUAUGUCACCCAUUAUAUUUAAACAUCAAUUAUAUUCCUUGGCAUCAAACAAUUGCACAUUAGUUGAUCGUGAAUUACAAGAAAUGUUUAACCAAAAUCAAAUACGUUUUUUUCAUUCUGAUUUAGGUAUUAUGUUAAUGUUUACGAAUGAUUAUCAAUUCCUAGUCGAACAACAAUUAAAUGAAAAUAAUCUAUCGUCAUUAUCGAUAGAGAAAAACCGUUUAAAACAACGUUUGACUCAAGAUUUAUUACCAAAUAAUAAACGUUUAUCUAUUGAUAAGAAUAGCUUGGAAAAUGGUUUUGAUUUGAAUACCAAUGACAUUCAUUUACUUAUACAAUUAGGUUUACUUUUACCAAAACAAAUUGAUCAAUAUUGGUUUUCAAUACCGAACUUAGCACAAUUUGUAGCAUGUAUAGAAAAAGGUCGACGAACACUUAUACAAAUAUUAUCAAGACGAACAUAUCGAGAAAUCCCAAUGAAUGAAUUUCGAUUACGAGAUACAAAAAAGCAAUGUUUAUUAGGCUUUGAUUAUCAUAUUCAUGAUCUUAUUGGAGCUAAUUUAGCACAUGUUAUUGAUGCACCUACCGGUCCUAUUGUUAAAAUGGGACCAGAAAAGUUUAUCAUAUGA